UAAAAAAGCAAUACAACGGAUAGGAGCUGUUUGUCAGGCGAUGGCAGACAGAUGAGGGAAGAGCAGGCGGCACUGGCAGCCACAGGACAGGGAUCUCGAAGAAGACCUUCUUCGAAUGUAGGCGAUCAGAAGCACCUUAGCAAAUUCUCAACGGAGAUCAAGAAGCCUCAGGACUCAGGGGAGAUGUGGGAAGGACAAGAGUUCGGCUUCAAAGGUGCAUGUUCAGAAAACCAAAUGGGUAAAGAAAGGAGGCUACGGCAAUGGAAACAAAGUCUCAGCGUUGGAGUGAGACAAAAUCCAAAUGUCGAUUUCUCACAACAGCCGCAAAGGUUCCAGAAAUCUAGAGCUUUUCCUCAUAAUGGCGACAAUGUUGAGUUAGGGGGCACAAAGGUUCCAAACCUUGCCAAAGGUUCCAGAACUUCUACCAAUGUUGUCAACUCUGUUUUCGAACUUUGAUUUCUUCCUCUUGUGAGUUUCAUGCCCAUUUUUGGAGAAUUGAAGGCAUAAUCCCAACACAAGUCAACGAUAUUCUAGAUGUAGGUAACUUUUAGAGAAAGCAAUAUAAUAGACAGAGAAGUGCCUU